AAGUCAUUGAGUUUGGUAAGCCAUUGACGCUGAUCGUCGGUCCUAAUGGUACAGGUAAAACAGUGAGUCUCUUCUGGGUAUUAUUGACAUAGGAAGUUGCUUGUUUCAUGCUAACAGAUCACAUCGUGAAGACCAUCAUCGAAUGCUUGCGGUACGCCACUACAGGUGCGUUCCCUCCGAAUAGUAAAGGUGGAGCCUUUGUACAUGAUCCUGGGAUGUAUGGUGAGAAGGAAGUGAAAGCAGAGGUGAAGUUGGCCUUCCAAAGCGUCUCGGGGAACUCAAUGGUGUGUACAAGAGCUAUGCAGGUGAUUGCUAAAAAGACAGGGCUUACGUUCAAAUCGUUGGAAGGUCAACUUUUACAAUUGAACAGGGGUGAGAGAACCACGAUUAGUACCAAGUGUGCUGAGCUGGAAGCUCUGGUUCCAGCGAAUCUGGGAACACCACGUCCAAUUCUUGACUAUGUCAUUUUCUGUCACCAAGAGGACAGUCUAUGGCCCUUGUCAGAGCCAGCUAACUUAAAGAAGAAGUUUGAUGAGAUAUUUGAGGCACUCAAGUUCACCAAAGCACUUGACAAUUUGAAGAGUAUAAAGAAAGAUAUGAUUGUUGAUAUCAAGUUGCUCGAUCAAUCUGUUAAGCACUUGAAACAGGAUAAGGAAAGAGCAGACAGAACAGUAUCUCGUUUGGAAAAGAAGAAAUCCACUGUUGAUAUCUAUGAGAACGAAACCUCAAAGCUGGAAUCUGAUAUAGCAGAGGUCCAACGAGAAUCUGAUGUGCUAUUCAAGUCCAAUCAGGAGUUUCAAGAAACCAUUUCGAAGCUGGACAGCUUGCGACAUGAUCAACGUUCUAUAGAAGCACAAUUAGAACGUCUCCAUGGGUCAUGCGAACUUCUUCCAGACUCGAAUGAUGAUAUCAAAUAUAAGCUGGCAAACUUCCAGAGGAUGCUGGAUAAGUCAUCGAAAGAGUUGGAUGUGCAUAAACACCAAAGUAAGUCGAUUCAAAAGGAGUUGACUGUGCUCAGACAACAACAAAACAGCUUCAUUGGAAGUGAAGGUGAGCUCAGGGCCAAAGAAACCAAAUUGAAAGAAGAUAUGGAUCUGCGUAGGGGACUCGUGUCAGAAAUCUUUGGCCCACAAGCCGAGGAGCUCUCAGAAUCAAGAUUCGCAGAGUGGCAGCGUACGUUACAACUUUCUCUUGAGGAGAAGAAGAAGGCUCUUGAAGAAUAUGAAAAGACCUCAUCUGAUGAGUUAGCUGUUGUUGAAUCACGCUUGGCAAAGAUCAAAGGUUCACAGGUCAAAGAAGCUGAGCAUAAACAAUACUCUGUCACGGAUCGUAACAACUUACAGAUGGAGAUAAAGUCAAUACAAUCCACGAUCAAUGAACUUAACUCCAAUGAGGGUGACUUAGAAUAUGAAAAGUCUUCUUUAGAAGAUCUCAUUGUGAAAUUGAAGACUUUCACGGACAAUAAGUAUCUAGAAAAGGCCGUCCAAAACAUCAAAUUGAAGAAUCAAGAAAUCAACACCAUGGAGGCAGACAUUGAAGAGAUAUCUCGUAAUAUAUCCAAUGCACAUAAACAAUCUGAUUCACAUGCAAAAAUCUCUAUAAUAACGGAUGGUCUCAAGUUCAAACAAAAGGCCCUUGAGAAGCUUCUUGAUGCAAAUAAAGAGCCCUUCGCUGCUCAUAAUAUUGACAUUUCAUCACCACAAGAGUCGUUCAACCGGAAGAUGCAAAAGUUGAAAAUGUCUCAUAUUGAAGAAGAUCGAAAUUUGAAAGCACUUCAUGAAGAAGUUCACAACUUGAAGAACAUGAUAAAAUACAAAAAUGAUAGUCUGAAUGAUAUCGAAGGGCUGAUUGCCUCCUCUGAAGCACAUUUCAAAGCAGAACUUGAUGAUGGUGAAGCUGUCGCCAAAUAUGAUGAAGUAGUGAUGAAUGCGGAAGCUGACUAUAAACUGACACUGGAGAAUCUGAAAAUGGGAACAACAACUUUGGAAUUCAACAAAAAAGCCCUUGAAGUUGCGGAAAGCUCAAGCUGUUGUUAUCUCUGCUCGAGAAAGUUCAAGGACAAUAGUCUUCUUGGUGAAUUCAUAGAGGAUCUGAAACGUAAAACCCGUGAUGAAUUUGAAGCAAAGCUGAGAGAACAAUUCGAGGAUGCAAAGCAGUACUUGGAAGCCGUCAGAAGUGUUGCAACGGAUGUCGAGAAGAUAAAUACAGGCAAGAAAUCCUUGGCUGAGAUAAAGGCUCAGCUUGAUAGCGCAAAUGAGAAAUUACAUCAUCUUGAAGACUCGUAUAAUCAGCAAAAGAUCACCACUGAUCAACUUGGAGCUAGUAUUUCAAGCAUGGAAGCGUUGAGAAACCCAGUGAACGAGAUCACCAGGUUGAAAAGUGACAUUGAGACUGCAGAACAAGAGCUUGAUAUGAAAGUAAAAGCACUUGGGAACUAUGGUACUCCACUCCAAAGCUUAGAUGACCUACAAAAGUCACACCAUGAACUCACCUCAAAAAUCAGAUCGCUUAGAAGAGAAGUCGCCUUCAUGCAAGAAGAAAAGGAAAGUAAGCAAAGGGAGUUUUCAGUUUUAGAAGGAACCAUCAAGGAUAAAAGACUAGUCAUCAGCAAUCUUGAAAGAUCCCUUGUUGAAAGAAAAAAUCUAGUUAGAUCUGUUCAAGACCUCGAGAAGAAGAUGGACUAUCUCUCCCAAUCAAUUGUGAAAUCUGAUAACCUAUUGAUUCAACUAAAAGAAGAAGCUUCCAUCGUACAAGAUGAACUUGAUUCUCUUCGUUCCAAACACAGAGAGGUUAUCAAUGAGUUGAAUCUUGAAUAUGAAAAAUCACUAGGGUACUACAACAAGCUGGAGCAUCUCAAUAAGAGUGCAUAUGAAUAUAUCAAUCACGUUCAAGUGGAAUUGGAGGCUAUUCGUGAGUCUGUGAGGGAGGUUGAGACCAACAUCGCUGACAAAGAGUUACAAUUGGGUAACUUGACCCAGCUGAUUAGUAACGAAGAGCUGAGACUUGCCGAUACAAAUAGCGAAGAAAGAAAUCUCCGCGAGAACCUCGAGAUUCGUCAGCUUGAGGAGAAGUUGGUUGAUAUCUCUGGUGAGAUAAGGGAACUCGAACUCCAAAAUGCUGAAGCAGAAAGGGAGAAGUAUCAGCAACGUUCCAAUAAGCUGAGACAGAGGUAUACAGAUUUAACGGCGGAGCUGGCUGGUAAGAAGGGUGAAAUCAGACAAAUCAAUGAUCAGAUUGAACAGUUACAGCGUGAAUUGAAUACCGAAUUCAAGGAUGUUGAAAAGAAUUACAGGCAAGAGUGGACUAAACUUCAAACAAGAACGGUUGUCUCUGCUGAUCUAGAUACUUAUGCUAAGGCACUGGAUAGUGCUAUAAUGAGUUUCCAUUCUUUGAAGAUGAAAGAAAUUAAUAGAAUCAUUGAUGAACUCUGGAAGUCCACCUAUAGUGGAACCGAUGUGGACACCAUUAAGAUCAAAAGUGAUCCUAGUACGGGUAAAGCUAACAGAUCCUACAAUUACCGUGUUGUGAUGUAUAAACAGGACGCAGAACUUGAUAUGAGAGGGCGCUGUUCAGCAGGGCAGAAGGUUUUAGCAUGCAUUAUAAUCAGACUGGCUUUAAGUGAAUGCUUUGGAACAAACUGUGGUGUCAUUGCACUUGAUGAACCUACCACCAAUUUGGAUUCUGAUAAUAUAGAGUCACUUGCCCACUCCCUCGGACGUAUCAUCGAGAUGAGAAGAAGCCAGAAGAACUUCCAAUUGAUUGUCAUUACACACGAUGAAAAGUUUCUCCAUAGUAUGGGUGCUGGGAAAUAUGCCGAUCAUUUCUUCCAGUUGAAAAGAGACGAAAGUCAAAAUUCUCGUAUUGAACUAGUGGACAUUAGCAAAGUUUCAGUUUGAAGCACAUGCCAAUUGAACCAUCUGUCUAUAUCUUAUCUGCUGUUUUGCUAUAUCCAUAGUUAUCUCAUACUUUGUAUCAAGUAAUGAACGUAGCCUGAUGUCUGCUGUGUUACUUGUAUACCUUUUCGCUUCAUCAGGAGAUAACCGUCUAAUCACCUCUAAGAGAUCUAGUCCACUCGCACCUGAAUAGGCCAAGUAAGCAGCACCUCUUGUUCCUGAUAGAUGUGGAUCAAUCGAAUCAUUAACGUCGAUUGGAAGACCUGUUAUGAAUGCAAGCAGCUCUAUAAGUCUCUUAUUCUUGGCUUGACUCCCGCAG